AUAGAUGACAAACGGACUGAGAAUGAUUAAGUCAGCAUAUGUAAAUACAAGAAGUGAGGCAUUUACUGAAGAGUAUAAAUAGUUUCAAAAAUGCUGUAAUUUGUAUCAUUUCAAAAGUAGAAUGUAUAAAAAGUAUAUUAUUAUUAUCAUAUUCCUUCUGGUAAUAGUGUUUGUAACAAGUUCUGAAAGAUCCAGUGGAUUGUAUGUAGACAAUGGAUUUGAUCAAACAAUAUUAUAUCGUGUUACCAAUGCUAAACAGAAACAAGAAAUAGAAUACAAUCUGUUAAACAUUUUAGAAUUACCUAGAAGACCAAAAAGAAUUGCGCGUAGAGCAUUAUUAAUUAAAAGAUCUGCACCAAAGUUUCUACUAAACAUUUAUAAGAAUAUUUUAUCCAAUGAAAACAACAAAUUAUCUUAUGACCAAUACAGAGAUACAGGAGAAUUCAAUUUAACUGGUUACGAUAUUAAUAUUAUUAGUCAAAGUGAUUUAAUUAUGACUUUUGGUGCACACAAUCCACAUUCGGGAAACGCGUCGAAAACAAAUAGAGGAAAAAGGAUAUGGUUCGACGUGUCAGAAGUUCCAACUGGAGAGCACAUCAUUUCAGCAGAACUCCGACUUUACCAAAGUUUGCAGGAACAUUCUAAAUACAAUAAGACUUAUACAAUAGCAUUAUACAGAGUGGCUCGAACUAAAAAUGGCAGACGAAUUAAAUAUUAUACAAGUUCAGUUAAUAUUACAACAGAUAAAGAAAAAUGGAUUACUUUAAAUAUCAGUCAAGUGCUUGAGUAUUGGGUUAAGCAUCCAAAAGAAAAUCGGGGUUUAUUCUUAGCAGUGCAUCAUGCUGAUUACAGUGGCCAUACUUUAAGACCAGCUGAUAUAGGAAUUGUAGGUGUUUCGGGAAUUCUUGACAAGCAACCGUUCAUGGUUGGAUUUUUUAAAAAUUCUGGAAAUCAAAUAAAGCAUGAAAUUCUACAAAGGCAAAAGAGAAAUCAAUUGAAGAAAUCAGAUGUUACUAUUAUAGACAUUCAGAAGAAUCCGUAUAUUAGUUCAGCUAUUAAUAAAAAAAGAAAUUCGUGUAAUAUGAAAACUUUGUACAUUAGUUUUAAAGAUCUUAAAUGGCAAGAUUGGAUCAUUGCUCCAGAAGGAUACGACGCUUAUUAUUGUAGUGGAGAGUGCAAUUUUCCAUUAAACAUUCAUAUGAAUGCAUCAAAUCAUGCGAUUGUACAGACUUUAGUACAUCUCCUAAAACCAAAAGAAGUACCAAAACCCUGUUGUGCACCAACGAAAUUGUCACCAAUAUCAGUACUGUAUUUUUUAGAUGACAGUAAUGUUGUCUUAAAAAAAUAUAAGAAUAUGGUUGUUAAUAGCUGUGGUUGUUAUUAAGUUGUACCACAUUUUUCAGUAAAAAUGUUUCUGUGCUUUAAAUUACAUAUAAGUGGACAAGUACCAUUCUACCAAAUUUACAUCUUCGUAUUAAUGUUUUAAUGAAUAAAAAGAUUAAUGUUAGUUUUAAAAUUAUGUAUUUAAACAACAUUUGUAUCAAAA